UCCAUUAAGGCAUCUCUUGUCUUUGCACUGAAGAUCCCACCAGAAGCCGAGAGAAAAGUUUCACUUUUCCGGGGCAAGAUGGAGAUGCAGAAGAGGAUCACCUUGGAGCUAAGAAACAGGCCACCGUCUGAUGUACGAGAACUUGUCCUCGACAACUGUCGGUCACUUGAAGGGAAAAUUGAAGGCCUCACAGCAGAGUAUGUCAACCUGGAGUUCCUCAGUUUAAUAAAUGUGGGCUUAAUCUCAGUUUCCAACCUGCCUAAACUAGGAAAACUCAAAAAGUUGGAGCUGAGCGACAACAGAAUCAGUGGUGGCCUUGAUGUUUUAGCAGAGAAAUUACCCAACCUUACACAUCUAAACCUGAGUGGCAACAAAUUGAAAGACAUCAGCACGUUGGAACCAUUGAAAAAGUUGGACCACCUGAAGAGUUUGGACCUGUUCAACUGUGAAGUGACAAACCUGAAUGACUACAGGGAGAGUGUGUUCAAGCUGCUGUCUCAGCUCCACUUCCUGGAUGGUUAUGACAUCAUGGACAGGGAAGCCUCCGACUCUGAUGGAGAUAUGGACGGAGAGGGUGGGGAAGACGAUGACGAUGAGGAAGAGGGAGAGGAGGAGGAAGAUGAGGAUGGAGAGGAGGAGGACUUUGAUGAAGAGGAUGAUGAGGAGGAAGAUGAAGAGGAGGUAGAAGGGGAAGAAGAUGAGGAGGUCGUCAGCGGAGAAGAUGAGGAGGAAGAUUUUGGUCAGGAUGCCGAAGAGGAAGAUGAUGAGGAUGAAGAUGAAGAAGCUGAAGCAGAAGCUUCUAAAAGUCAGAAGAGAAAGCGUGACCCAGAGGACGAAGAUGAGGACGAUGAUGAUUAGGAGCAAAACUGAAAACAAGAGCCUACCGAGUUCCCCUCCCUCCCCUCACAAACCCAACGUCCGCCCUUCUACAACUCGCACCGCCUCUGCAAUCCGCGUCUACUCCCCCAGCUCUGAGCUCUUCUAUGGGGCAAGACUGUACCGGUUGGGUGGGCCGAGUGGAGCUGCCCCCUUUUCUCCCCCACAGAACUGAGAGCCACUCCCCUGAUCCCACCACCUUGAGGUUCUCAGGCAGCCCACCACUCAGCAUUCCACAAUUUCACCAUCAACUCCCUUGUUAUGUAUUCCUGUGUGAGGACUUUGGGACUGGUAACUAGUUUUGGGUCUGUGCUUUUAAUAUUUUGUUUGA